AAUGUGAAAUCUUAGAUAGAUAUUUCAGAGUCUACAUGAAAUCCUUUAUGAUUUCUUAUGUUCAAAUUGAUCAUACAAUAUAUAUUAUCCCACGAGAGGAUUUUUAAUAUGAUUUUAUGUCAUUUUUUUUGAAACAAUUUUAAAUUUUCAUAGUAAACUUAAUGAUAAAUUUUCUGCAUUCUAUAAUCUAUUAACUAAAGAAUAAAAUCUUUUAGCACUCAACUGUUGAAUUUGGAAGCAACAUGAAACUCUCCAUUUUAAUACCUUUAAUAAUAUUUCUGAGCCCAUUAUAUUGCACUUAUGAAAAAGCAGUAUUUGCAAUUUACACAUGGAAGAGUAAUUUAGAAACAGCUCUAACCAAGGAAACAACUGUGCAUCAACAGCUUCUUUUAUAUGAAAAUGAUUUUAACAACAGCAAUAUUUAUCAACUCGAAAAAAUUAUUUCAAAAAAGAUACCAACACGAGUUGCUGAUUUCAAAACCAUCAUGAAAGAAGACGGAGAGCUUAUGGAAUUAUCUCCAUAUUUGCUAAAGGUGACAAGAGUUGUAAUCAUCACUUCAAGAAUUGAUCCGAACAAUUCAUCAAAGGUACUCAACAUACUUGACUCUCUUGCUGAGAUGUCUGAACAGAAAACACGUCCAAAAGUCCUAAUAGCAACCACAGUUGAAAAAAGUAUCAAGUAUAAAAAAUUCCUUCAGAUGUGUUGGUCAAAACAGUUUUUGGACGUUAGUAUCCUUGAGCUAAAACAGCGUAAAGAUGAUGAAACAGUACUAGCUAAAAAUUCCAACGCAGUGGAUGCAAAGUUAAACUACUACAAUCCAUUCACUAAAAGAUCUGCUAAAAUGACUUUCACAAACCAAAGCAUUUUGUUUCCGUACAAACUUCGUAAUCUGAAUGGUUACGAGAUAAAAGUCGGUAUGUUUCACUUUCCACCUUUUGUCAACAUUACGCAAAAUUCAAGUGGAGAUGUUAUAAGAAUCAAUGGACCUGACAUCAAUUUGUGGAUUACUAUGUCAAAGGUUAUUAACUUUUCUAUAAAAAAGGAAAUAUACAACUAUACUUAUUGGACUGAAAUAUACUUCAUGAAAGACUACACCCCUAGAGCGAUGAGAAAAUUUUUUUACAACCAUUUUCAAGCUUUUGCUAUACAAACCGGUUUAACGGAUAUGUUUGGUGAAAAUAUUUUCGAAAGAUGUAGAGGUACAAGAGUAUUACGUUUUGUCAUAGUAGUACCAAUUUUGCCAAGUGAAAGUAAAAGUUUGAUAAGCGAAUGGAAUCUAUUCGAAAUUGUACUCGUUGUCUGUUCAAUUUUGAUGCCGUGGUUGAUAAGUAAAUACCUAAAAUUCGAUGAACGAAACUGGAAAUUAAUCUACAUUGUUCAAAUCGCACUGGGUUCUUCAGCCCCUCCAAUGCCAGAGAAAAGAUUAGAAAGAAUUAUAUUUAACUCGACGAUGCUUUUUUUCUUCUUACAAUCGUCAACCAUCUUUUCGACAUUGUCAAAUUUUCAACUCCAGAAAGAAGUUUUAAAUGAAAUUAAAACAUUUGAAGAAUUGUAUGCUGCAAAUUUAACUCUUAUUAAAUAUGCCAAUUACAAAACUUUUCAGGACAAUGAUAUUGCCUACGAAAAACUUUUUAACAAUGGAAUUUUCAGUAAUAUGUCGUUUGACGAUUGUGUACAACUCGUUAAUGAUUACCAAAAUGUUUCAUGUUUUGGCAGAGAGCAUAUGGCAUAUAUGGCUAUGCAAAGAAUAAAAAAUGCUGAUGGACGAAUGAGAAUAAAGAUUUUCAAUAAAGUUUUUGUAAUUCCUGGAACUUCACUUUAUUUUUCUGAAGGAUCACCAUUUCCAAGACGAUGUGAGUCUGUUACGGCUGAUCUUGUGAAAUCUGGAAUUAGUAACAAAUGGGAUGCUGAAUACUUUCCAAAAGUUUCUGACGAACAAAGUCAAGUUGAUUUGUAUAAACAGGAAUUGUCUGUUACAUCGAAGAUUUUAAAAUUACUUAUAAUGCUUCUAAUUUUUGGAUACCCAGGUGCGAAUUGUCGGUCGGCCCAUGGUCGGGCCGACCAUGUGCAUGGUCGGCCCACCUCGGGCAGCCAGAGGUCGGGCCAACUAGCGAAUUGAUAACGUCGGCCGACCUAUGGUCGACUAAGUUGGACCGACUAUGGGUACCAUAGUCGGGCCGACCAAGGCUGCCCUAGUUGGGCCGACCAUCCUUGCCGACGGUCGGCAGCCAUAGUCGGGCCGACCAUGGCAGCCAUAGUUGGGCCAACCUUGGCUGCCGACCAUCCAACUUGACGGUCGGCAGCCAUAGUCGGCCCGACUAAGGCAGCCGAGGUCGGCCCAACUAUGGCUGCCAUGGUCGGCCCGACUAUGGCUGCCGACCGUCGGCUAUGAUAGUCGGCCCAACUAUGGCAGCCUUGGUCGGCCCGACUAUGGCUGCCGAUGGUCGGGCCAACUAGCGAAUUGAUAACGUCGGCCGACCUAUGGUCGACUAAGUCGGGCCAACUAUGGGUACCAUAGUUGGGCCGACCUUGGCUGCCGACCAUCCAACUUGACGAUCGGCAGCCAUAGUCGGCCCGACUAUGGCUGCCAUGGUUGGGCCAACCUUGGCAGCUAAAAUUUUGCCGACCAUAAACAUUAAAAUAUAAAAAUUUGUUAUACAAAUAACAUAUAUUAGUAAUCAUUUUAAAUUCAUUAUACAUUUAUUUUAUAUACUUAAACACUAAACGCAAUCGUAAACAUACAUAUAUACAAAUUAAAAUUUUUAACGCUCGCAGGGAUCGAACUCGCAACCUAACGCACCGCAGUCUAAUACGCUAACCACUACACUACGCAAUGACAUAUGAGUCACGGAGAAAAAUAAAUGUUAUAAGCUACAGCUUGAAAAAAAUUAAAGUUAGUAAUUCAAAAUAAUAAAUUAAUCACAUAUAACCUUUUUUCUUUUUAAAUUAAUCAAUUACAAGUAAAUUAACAAAAACAUUUUACAUUUGUCAAUGGUAGGAGAGAAAUUUACUUUAUGAUGGUCGGCCCAACUAUGGCAGCCAAGGUUGGACCGACCUUGGCUGCCAAGGUCGUACCGACCAUUGUCCCCCAUGGUCGGCCCAACUAUGGCAGCCAAGGUUGGCCCAACUAUGGCUGCCAAGGUUGUGCCAACCAUUUUCCCCUUAGUCGGCCCAACUGUGGCUGCCAUAGUUGGACCGACUAUGGGGAAGAAUGGUUGGCCCAACUAUGGCUGCCAAGGUUGUGCCGACCAUAAUCCCCCAUAGUCGGCCCAACUAUGGCUGCAAUGGUCGGCCCAACUGUGACUGCCGACGUCGGCAGCCAUAGUCGGCCCAACUUUGGGUGCAAAUAUUUACCAUGGUCGGCCCAACUCUGGCUGCCGACCGGUCGGCAGCCAGAGUUGGGCCGACCAUGGGCCGACGAACCAACUCUGGCGGCCGACCGAAAUUCGCACCUGGGUACACUUGUGCCUCUUUUGCAUUCGUUGGAGAAAUUUUAAUUCAUAAAUUAUUUGAAUCUCUAGGUCAAAUUUCGUUUAUGUAUAUUGGAAGUAUUAAUUAGCUCCCUACUUAAUUUAUUUUAAAUAAGUUACCAGUUUUUUUUUAAUUUGGAAAAUUAUGUAAUGGUCACCAUUAUUCCCUCUUAAUACUGUAAAUUCCCUUCAAUAUUUUUUCACAAUGUAAUAAAUGAUUAUUUUCAAAUUUAAUCCUGAAUUAAUUUUUUAAAUUCACGCCUCUCCGUUUAUUUUUGUAGAGCUAGACGAGUUAAUUUUGAUUUUUAAUUUUAUCGUUUAAAUUUUUUUAAUUGAUCCAAGCAAAAUAUCUGGCGCCCUUCAGGUAAAUUUUCUAAAAUAUUUUGAUUUUUCUGAGUUUUUUAUUGUAAUGAGAAUUCUAACUUUGGCUUAAAUUUUUUAAAUAUUUUUUUUGUAUUUUCUCUAUUUAUUUAAAAUGUCGUGUUUAAUUAAUAUUUCGUUUGAUGAUAAUCAAUAAUUUUCUAUACAAAUUAUUUCAAAUUUUUUCUAACGAAUAAAAAAAUCAUUUGCGAGACAAAAUUAUUUUUUUUAAGUUAAUAUUAUAGAAGUUGGUCAAAAUCAACCAAAACGAAUACUUUCUCAUUUAUGAUGAGAA